UUUCAUAUCUCACACACACUUCGCUCUUUUCUUACAAUUUGGAUAGGGGAAGAGAUUUGACAGAGUAUGGCUUUCCUUGGGAUCCUCUUGAUGGGAGUGCUAUCUAUGAGCAUGAGCUCCUCAAAAGUCCAUGGCAAUGGUGAGGGAUGGAUUAAUGCACAUGCCACCUUCUACGGCGGAGGCGAUGGUUCUGGCACAAUGGGCGGGGCAUGUGGCUACGGGAACCUGUACACAGAGGGUUAUGGCACCAACACUGCAGCGCUGAGCCCUGCGCUGUUCAACAAUGGGCUGAGCUGCGGGGCGUGCUAUGAGAUCAAGUGCACGGGCAGGCCGAAGUGGUGCAUCCCGGGCUCGGUGGUGGUCACUGCCACCAACUUCUGCCCGCCGAACAACGCGCUCCCUAACGACGCCGGGGGCUGGUGCAACCCUCCCCGCCACCACUUCGACCUCUCCCAACCCGUCUUCCAGCAGAUCGCGGACCACAAGGCCGGAAUCGUGCCGGUAGCUUACCGAAGAGUACCGUGUCAUAAGCAGGGGGGCAUCAAGUUCACCAUAAACGGCCACUCCUACUUCAACCUCGUGCUCAUCACCAACGUCGGCGGCGCCGGCGAUGUCACCGCCGUUUCCAUCAAGGGGUCCAAGACGGGUUGGGAACCGAUGUCCCGGAACUGGGGCCAGAACUGGCAGAGCAACACCUUGCUUGACGGGCAGAGCCUCUCCUUCAGGGUGACCACCAGCGACGGCCGCACUGUGGUCUGCAACGACGUCGCCCCAGCCGGGUGGUCCUACGGGCAGACCUUCACCGGUCAGCAGUUCACGAAUUAGAGCUAUCCCCAACCCCUAUUAGUUAAAUUAGUUAAAGGCAGGUAGGUAGUGAAGCUGUAGGGAUGUGUGUGUUGGCGAUAAGGGCUUAUUUUAAAGUUUGGGCCUUUAUCAGCAGAGUCUUGUGGUUCCUGAGUUGUUUGCUGUGCUGUGUUCUUUGAGUCUGUUCAUGUUGUUUGUUGCCUGUCUAGUGUCAUUUCUGUGACUGUUCUGCCCUCUGUUUUGGGAAAGGGCGGAGCAGGAGGAGCCAGCUAGGAAGGAAUUGGGCAGUGGAGGGUAACAUGGUACUUUUUGUCCCCACUUCAGUUUAGGGUAGAAGCAGCAUCAGGGUUCCAUUGCUGAGGCUAAAAUUAUAUAUAGUCUUGCCUCAUAUAAGGUAAAAAGGGCUGAUUUUGCUCGAGUCUUUGUACAAGAAUGUGUCAUUUGGUGCUGGUAAGCAACAAUAAUGUGUCUCUGCUCUGAAUUAAUGAUCCC